AUGCAGAAUUCAUUAACUGGGUCUGGGGGGAUUCCUCUGAUCAGGAAGUUGUGUUAUGCUGCAGGUGGGGUCCCUUAUCAGAUUACCUCAGUAGCUAUAGCAAUCUCCCUGCAGAUUUUCCUGCUGGACGUCGUGCAGAUGGAGGCUUUCUAUGUUUCCAUGAUCUUGUUUGUGAGUCGGGCCUGGGAUGCUGUGACUGACCCUCUGCUGGGGUAUCUGUUGAGCCGCAGUAACUGGACGCCCAUCAGCAAACUCACCCCAUGGCUGGUUAUUUCCACUCCGUUUGGUGUCCUGUCCUAUCUGCUGCUCUGGUUUGUGCCAAGAGGCUCCAUGUCUGAGGCUGGCAGCGUGCUGUGGUUCCUGGCAGCCGCCUGCCUGUUCGAGACCCUCAUGAGUUGCUACAACGUCCCUUACCUCUCCCUCAGCAUGUUCCUGGGGGGAGAUCAGAGAGACAGAGACUCUGCCACCGCCUACAGAAUGAGUGUGGAGGCGGCGGCGAUGCUCCUGGCUUCAGUAAUUCAGGGACGAGUUGUGUCUGUGUACAACUCAGAGAAGCAGGAGGCCUGUCAGCAGCUGGACGAAACACCUCAGAGCACAUCUGCACCACAAACACUUCAGCAGACGGAAAAGGCUUUCCUGACCUCCGCUCUGGUCAUGGGCGCCUUGUUUUUCCUCUGCAGCCUGGUUCUCUUCCUGGGAGUGAAGGAGCAGCGGGCACCUCUCUGCUCUGAUGACAAAGUACAACUAUCUUUUCUGACCUCGCUAAAGAUGCUUGUAUGCCACGUUCCUUACCAGCGGCUGCUGCUCGGCUUUGUGUUCAGUGCACUUGCUUUUCAGAUGUCUUUGGGUAAUUUUGCACUGUUUUGCAGUCAUGCCGCUGGGCUGGGAGCCCAGUUCCAGCACCUCCUGCUGGUUUUACUGGCUUCUGCUUCAAUAGCAGUUCCUCUGUGGCAAAUAGUUCUUCUGAGAAUUGGAAAAAAGGCCACAGUUUUCGUUGGACUAUCUCUCUUCAUCCCAGCAGUGAUUGUGGUCGCCUGUGUUCCCAGUAACCUGCCACUCUUCAUCACUAUGUGCAUUUUGAUAGGAUUCAGCGUGGCGACCAUGUUCUUGCUGCCCUGGUCAAUGCUCCCAGAUGUGGUGGAUGACUUUGCCGUGAAACAUCCCUCCUGUAAAGACCUGGAGCCUCUGUUUUUCUCCUGCUAUUCAUUCUGCAGUAAGCUGGCAGGUGGACUGUCUGUUGGACUCUCAACCAUGACAUUACAGUUUGUGGGCUACAAAGCAGGUGCGUGUAACCACGGUGACGGAGUUGUGGUGGCUCUGAUCGUGCUGUUCUCACCAGUUCCCAUCACACUUCUGCUGAUAGGGAUGCUGUUUUUUCACUCCUACCCGAUCGAUGAGAGGCAGCGCUUGCAGCUCCAGGAACAACAACUCCACCCAGAAGCCAUGCCAUCAUCAUCAUCAUCUGUCCCCGAAGAAAACACAGAGCAGCCAGCCGUCCUGCAGCCGCCUCAUGUUGGAGUGACAUCAACGUCUCAUGAGUCAAACACCAACGCAGACCACAAGUCUGAUUCCUCACCACACUGCCACAGUCACAAAACAAAAUGCUCAGUCACGCCAUCCAUCCGUUCAAAUGAUUCAAACAGCCGUUCUGAAAAAAGCAGCAGGAUUAAAUCACACGUCCGGUCAAAUGUAAAUCCUCAGUACUAUAAACACAGACCUCACCGACACACAGGAGGAGCCAAACUGGGCAGAGAUUUUCCUGCAAAUAAUUCUGAGUCUAGUGUUUCACAUGUGAGAUCCAAGGUGUCGUGGGUGUAGAGAGAUCCCUGAUGUUUCAGGUCACUGUUGCUGAGAGACUGAUGAGAAAACUGAUGCCACUCUCAUGUCUGUACAGUAAAUAUGAAGCCACAGCCAACCGUCAGUGGGGGGGCACAGUGGGGUACAGCAGAUAUUUUGGGGGGCCACCGAAAAGUUGUAAGAAAAAAGGAAAGCUGCCACCGACUUCUCGCUUUUACAAAGUAUUUUUCAUAGGUUUUUUUGGCUCUUUAACCCAAUAGGAAAGCUGUAUAUGACCUUUUCAUUUUGAAUUGUUAACAUUCAAAUUAUGAUGGACUUGUUUCCUUGUUGAUGUGAAUUACAGCAUCAUCAGCUGCAGCAUCUGCCUGUUAGGUAAAACUAGUAAGCUCAACGACAGUAUCCUGAGGGCAAUUAAGUGACAAAUAUUGUGCAAGAACAGCACUAUAUACAACCCUGUCAAUUUCCACUUCUUAGAAUGUUCACUGACAAUUAUCACACCUAAAAUAAGAAAUGAUAUUCUGUACUUUUAGCAACUAGUUCUCAGCUGUAAACCAGAAACAGCUGAGAACUGUUUAAAUGAUUUUUAAAUCAUUUAAUAGUGCACAGCUCAGCAAACAUCAUAGUGUUCUGCAUAGAAAUCACAAAAAGCUGCUCUCAAUAAUCUUCCACAGUGAGCAGAUGUUCUUGUGCUGCAGGUCCAUGGUCCAGAUGUGGCCAUCCAACAGGCCGGGGGGAUCUGGCACCGUGGACUUCCUAGAGCACCUCCUCUUUUGGCAUUCAUAUGGGAUGGAAAUAAAGUAACAUUGGUUUCGCACGUCGAUCAAAGGCCUGUAGGCGUACAGCAGGAAGCCCUCCACAAUGAGGAUGUGAGUCUCCUCCUCCUUGUGGUCGGACUUCAGGACCAUCUCUGUGUCCAGGGUGUUAUUAACGCCAUCAGACUUCUCAAAUUUCGCCGGGUUCUCCAGCUAUGCGUAGAUCCUACUAAUCAUGGCAUCCAUGUCCAGAGCAGUGAUGACAUCGUACUGCUUAAAGUGAAAAACUGUCCUAGUUGAGGUUUUAGAUGGCAUAUUCCUUUUAACCAGCCCCUCAGGUCUUUUUGAGGAUUUUGGAUGGAAUACUUCAUUAAACCAACAUUUUAGAUGCAUGUCCAGGGAUUUUUGGUGGAAUGUUCCUUUAAGGUGGAUGUGUGAGGACCUUGUAGGUGGAAUACUUCCUGAAGCUAACCUUUUAGGUCAACAUUCAAAGAUUUAAGGUGGAAUAUUCAAACUAACCUAAAUUUCAUGUUUUGAUCAUUAUCAAGUGAGAAACCUCAAUCCAGACUCCUCAUAAUGACAUUUAAGAUUUAUGCUGCUGUUAUUUGUUUAGUCCAGACUAAAUGACAGAAAUCCACGACUGUAAUUUUAUUUCAGGACUCAGUUAUUAAAUGUCAAAACAAUCCAUGUGACUCUAAAAACUCAACAGCUUUACAAACUCUAAGAUUAAACUCUCCACAAGGAUCCAAAAUAUAAGUUGGACUUCUACAUGAGAGCUUUAAUUAUUCUUCAUCUACUUCCUGAAAAGUUUGGUUAAUAAAAAAGACAAAAACUAAUAUUUUUCAGCUGAACUAAAAGACAGACUUUGUGAUUUUUCUGCUCACAUGUUGUGUUGUUGUAAUUUUACUCUUUCAAAUAAAUACCCUCCUAACCCCCUGGAAA